CGGCAAAAUCAAGUUGAAAUCGAAUCAACAGAUUUGAAAAUCUUGCACUCCGAUGAAAUUGAAGUUGAUCCCACCUUGUUGAAUUCUACUGUCAUCACUAUCACCGAAAAUAAAAAUGGUUACGAGAGUGGAUAUAUUGAUAUCGAUAUGCAACAAAUUCUCUUCUACUCAGCUGAGUUUCAUUUAGGUAAGAACUUGGAAUCAAGCUCUAAUCACGGUGUUGGUAAAACACCUGUAGAAAGUGAGUAUUUUGUAAUUCCUAAUUCACUUAACCUAAAGAAAAGUACUUCUAAAAAGGGGGAAUCUUCAUGUACUUUUUGUGAAAUUUGUAAAAAAGUGUUUCCUCCGCCGAACAAAAUGAUGCAGAGCACCAGUUGUAAUCAUCGUUAUUGUGAAGAAUGCAUUCAAAAUUAUAUAGGCAAAAAAAUUAAUAAGGAUAUCCAUGAGAUAAUUUCUAAGAAGUGCCCUGCUUCUGAUUGCAAUGGAAUUUUAGAUAUCGAUUCAAUAAUGCCGGUUGAUUUCCUUAUGCGAGUAAGAGAUGCCAUUCGACUAACGGAAGUUCUGACUACGCCAAUAGUUAUUGAUUGCCCUUUUAUGGAUUGUAUGGGUACACUGGUUGAUGAUCUAAGGGAAUGUCCGAUUAGGGCAUGUCUUGAGUGCUGGAGACUUUUCUUUGUCAAUUGUAAAUGCUUGCAUUUGGGAAUGACAUGUGAGAAUUAUCAGAUUAGUAGGCAAUUAAAUUUGCUCUACUGGCUGCAUCAUUAUGAAGGAUAUGAUGAUGAACUAGAGGAGAAAGAGGAGGAAGAAGAAGAAGAUAAAGAUGAUGAAGAAGAAUAA